AUGACAUCUGCCCUAAACUUUGUGGAAGAUUCCAAAUUGCAGUUUGAUAUCUGUGCUGGAUACACAUGCCACGUUCGCCAGAGAAGAGAAGAAAGGUGGAAGAACAUAAAGGAGAUCGGACAGGGGGCCUAUGGCAAGGUCUGGUUACAGGAAUGCAUGUCCAAUGAUAAGGACCGCAGGCUGCGGGCAGUGAAAUCGAUCCCAAAGUCAGCUCGGCCUUCUGAGGCGGUGGAUUAUACUCACGAACUGUUGGCUAUUGCAAAGUUCUCCCAGCCAAAGUACGAGGACUUCUUCCUUCGAUCGUUCGGGUGGUACGAAGACGCAAAAUGUGUCUUUAUCACAAUGGAAUACUUAGAACACGCCGACCUUAAUGGCCACUUGGGAGAGCCGUUGCCCGAGAAAGAAGCCCAACUGAUCACUGCUCAGCUUUUGCAAGGCCUUGAAUACAUGCACACCAAUAAAUUUACGCACCGGGAUUUGAAACCAGAGAAUAUAUUUGUGGUAUCGAAGGGCCCGAGGUGGUGGGUAAAGAUCGGUGACUUUGGCCUCAGCAAGCGAGUGGAAGAAUCGACAGCCCUAAAAACUCGCAUUGGCACGUUUCAUUACAUGGCACCUGAAAUGCGUAGGCAUUCUGGACGCCGGGUGGGCAACCCGGGCUAUACCUCAGCCGUUGAUAUGUGGUCGCUCGGUGUUACGGGCCUACUGGAGGCAGAACCUGAAAACCGUAUGACAGUGGGAGACGCUCUACAACAUGACUGGAUGAAAAGUUCUAUUAACCUCGAAUCUGAAUUAUCACCCCAAGGAACGUUGAAAGGCGAUUUUGAAGUCUAUCCAUCGUCACAGGCUGGUUUUAAACUCUCCAUAGACUCUUUUCACGACGGAGGAUCAAACUCCAGAAUUUCAUCAACCAUAAACCACACGGGAGCCUCUAAAGCAUCGAGAAACUGGAAGGACCUGGAACUUUCUACUCCUUUACAAGGAAAGAGCUACGGGUUGUGUGAUAAGGCAUCAGAAUCCUUCACUUUGAUUCCGGAGAGCAUAGGCAGCCACCGCGAUAUCCCAACUAAGUAUGCAUCACAGGGAGGAAAAACCCAAGGGUCGGCGCUGUCAACGGCAACUACAUUUAUACACCUUGCAGAGGAACCAAAUGUAUACCUCGGACCAGAGAACCAACUCUCUCCAGGCGCCAUUCAAAAGUCUGCCAUAGCCUUAUUUCAUAAAAAAAGGCAUGAGGAGGCUGAGAUCGAAUACCAGGAACUUGUGAGGCAACAAGGAACUCGAGGGUAUUAUUAUUGGGAAUCUAUCAUGAAUCCUGGUUACUCUUUAUAUCCUGGCGAUGGUGACGUACCGGGCGACGAGAAGCGGUUUAAACAAGCUCUACGAAAUGCAUAUAAGAUUCUAAGCCGUGAUCAUCACUGUACACUAGGUUCUAUCGAUCGGCCUGAUAGCCCGUUAUAUUGCCAGGCUGAAGCAGAAAAGACAGAGAAAUGCCUUAAGCAAGCUAUCCAAGCUUACAAGAAGGAUCAAAGUCAUGACCGGAUAGACACUCUAGCGUCUACAUUCUGUCUUGGCCAGUUCUUAUGUCUUCAGAAUGACAAGAAUAAGUUGAAGGACGCUGAGAAAUACCUUAAAGAAGCAGUUCGGGGUUACAAGGAGGUUAAAGGCCACGGCCAUCUAUAUACCCUGGAAUCAGCCUACCGUCUUGGCCAAUCCUUGUGUCUGCAGGAUGACCAGAAUAAAUGGAAAGAGGCAGAGAAAUACCUUAACGAAGCAAUCCAGGGAUAUAGGAAGUUCUUAGGAAAUAAGAAAUGGCAACGCCGUGGUCAGUACGGUGACUCUGCCUCUACCUACUGUCUUGGAAUCUCCAUGUACCUUCAGAACAAGUGGAUGGAAGCAGAGAUAAAGUGGGCAGACGCUGAGAUUCAGCUUCGAAAGUUGGUUAAUAGCCAUAAGAAGAUACGCAGUGAUAGCGAAGAUACUUUAAUGUAUACCCAUUGUCUUGGUCUCUGUUUGGAUAAUCAAGAGAAGUAUAAGGAGGCAGAGGCACAGUUUCAAGAAGCAGCAAAGGGUCGCGAGGACCUUUUGGGACGUGAUCAUGAAGAUACCAAAGAAUCUAUCAAGUGGAUCGAACGAGCAAAAUGGAAACGCCGUAACAAGUAG